GCUUCAGUGCUGUAGCGAUCGUUUCGUGGUGAGGAUAGUACGUAGUUGUCCUCGGCAUCGCGAAUGCGUCCUCGAAACGUUCGUUCGUCCUCUUGGCGGGUCUUUCCUCGAGACGUCAUAAAAGGGGUUAAAGAGCAACAAGGAAAAAAUCGAACGAAAGAUUUAGACGGGACAAUUAUUAUUUUUUCGAAAGAAGAAAGAAGAUAAAGAUUAAAAGGGAAUAAGAAGAAGAAAAGAUAAAAGAGAAAGGAGAAAAAUAGGAGACUGACACCUGCUUGGAAACAAAGAUCUCAUUCUCGUUUGGUACGGCGUGUUACCACCACCUGUAUAAUAUAUCCUGAUUGGCGUAUCCAAUUUGCCUGCUGUGUUUGCAGACACGAGACUGCCUGUUCUAAGGCGGACGUUUCGAAGCUGAAUGAGGCUGAUGGAACCGUUGCGUAUCGCCCCGGAUGUCGUCGACAUAAGUGCACUAAAAAAAUGGACCGAUUUUCCUGUCCAACAUCGAUUCACGGACUAUUCGAAUUCUAUCGAUGAACCGAGUCAUCACACCAUUAGUCCAUUUCCAUGUCAACCUGCACUUAACAACAAAAUUGCAUUAUGGACUGGCGAUAUAUCCAUUUUACAAGUGGAUGCCGUGAUAAACUCCACAAACGAGACAAUGGACGAAAAUAGCAUCAUGUGCCAAAGAAUAUUCGAUCGUGCAGGGUCAGCACUUAAGAUGGAAAUUUAUAACGAAAUAAAAGAAUGUAAAACCGGUGAAGUCCGAGUUACUCAAGGACACGGCUUACCCGCACGGUUUAUCAUUCAUACGGUUGGCCCAUUUUACAAUAUCAAAUAUCAAACAGCAGCUCAGAACACAUUGCAUUGUUGUUACAGAAAUGUAUUACAAAAAUCAAGAGAGCUUGGACUACGUAGUAUCGCUUUGCCAGUGAUUAAUUCAGUGAGAAGAAAUUAUCCACCUGAUGCAGGAGCACAUAUAGCACUUAGAACGAUAAGAAGGUUUUUGGAGCAAUAUUCAGACUCUCUGACAUGUAUAAUCCUCGUUCUAGAAGCCUGUGACCUCGGUAUAUACGAAAUAAUUCUCCCGUUAUAUUUUCCAAGAAAUUUGGCGGAACAGGACAACGCAUGCUGGCAAUUACCAAUCGAUAUAGGCGGAACCGAUGGUGAACCAUUGUUACCCGAUCGUCAAAUUAGAAUUAUUGACAAUCCUCAACACGCUUUACAUGACGACGAAGAAACCGUAGAACUUUCUGCGCAAUUGGAGACAUCUGUUAAUAUCGGUGAACAUGCAUUUGCACAAAUGCAAGGUGAUUUGGAUAGGCAAAGGCUUCUUGGAGAGAGAUCAAUUACCGAUCCACUUGCUGAUAUCAUGAUAAAACAAAUGCAACAAAAGGAAAGGUACGAGAGACUUUUGAGAAGAGCAAAAACGGAAGAUCUUACUGAGGUUUCCGGAAUUGGUUGCCUUUAUCAAAGUGGUGUAGAUCGUCAAGGAAGGCCAGUAGUAGUGUUCGUUGGCAAAUGGUUCCCAGCUACAAAGAUUAACUUGGACAAGGCUUUACUAUAUGUCAUUCAAUUAUUGGAUCCAAUCGUGAAAGGUGAUUAUGUGAUCGCAUACUUUCACACGUUGACCACAAGCAGCAAUUAUCCUAGCUUACAAUGGCUACGUGAAGUCUACAAUGUGCUUCCUUACAAGUAUAAAAAAAAUCUUAAGCAAUUUUAUAUCAUUCAUCCUACUUUCUGGACUAAAAUGAUGACGUGGUGGUUCACGACGUUUAUGGCACCAGCGAUCAAACAGAAAGUUCAUAAUUUACCUGGUGUUGAAUAUCUCUACGAAGUUAUGGCACCUGAUCAAUUAGAAAUUCCAGCUUACAUUACGGAAUAUGAUAUGACGAUAAAUGGCCUGAGGUAUUACACGCCAGAUCAAUUCUCCGAAGUAGAAACAUCGUCCCGAACGUAACUCAUCGAGGAGAAAUAACUAAAGCGAAAUGAUACAAGGAAAAAUGAAAGAACGUAUAUAUGCGAUUAUCAAGAAAGGUUGUCUCGAAGGAAGGAAGGAAGGAAGGAAGGAAGGAAGGAAAGAAAGAGAAGGAACAAACAAUUAAAAAAGGAAGAAAAAAAAACUAGCAAAGAAAAAACGUGUGCUGCCAUUGUUGUGAUUGCUCUAUUCAAACAAAGAGUUUAUCAUAAUCAGGCACGUUAUUCGAUUAAUGGGGCACGUAAAAUUUCUUGUUUUUCUUUUUUUUUUUUUUUUUUUUUUUUUCUUCGUUUUCCAAACGGAUGAUCUCGUAUCUCUCUUAUCGUUCAUUCUUCCAACGUAAGAAAGAAAGAAAGAAAGAAAGAAAAAAAGAAACGCCUUAAACGAAAAGGACGUCGAUGUCGAAUGGAAAACAAAAAAUCUCGCUGAUAGCUUCGUAGGAUAUACAAAAAAAAAAUAAUAAUAAUAAAUAAAUAAAUAAAUAAAUAAAUAAAUAAAAG